AUGCUGGUGUGGUUUUUGGACCUCGCAAAACCGGCGAUGGAGUCGUUCAAUCCGGAAAUCCGUAAGCAACUAAUCAACAGUGUCCUGUCUCCGUUGAUCGAGAAGUCGAUGAACGGUCGCGUCAUUGGCGUCAUCAUUAAACUAGUCGAAUCAUGGAUGAAAGCGGUGCAAAGUUCAGCCAAUCAGGAGUAUGCUGCCCAGAAAGAGCUGCAAGGUAUUUUGAUGAAACUGAUGCGCUGCUUCGAGACUAGAUUUUUCGGCGAAACCGAAAUCAGGGUCGCCUUUUCUGAACUCAUUUACCUGGUUUUCAAAAACGAUCCGAUGCGCAAGGGCGAAUUUACUUCGCAGCUCGAAGGCGCCUUUCUGAUUGGCCUUGCGUCGUCGUCUGAAGAUGUGCGGCAGCGUUAUUAUGAGAUUGUUAACCUGAUAUUGGCGCCUAACGCUUACGAUCGUCUGGUUUACAUAAUGUCCAGCGUAAACUGGGAGCCUCUGUAUCAUCAUUACUGGAUUAAACAAUGCGUAGAGCUCUUACUUUUUUGCGUUGAAGAAAAAUCGCCCUGCGCCUAUAUAGAUAUGCAGUAUCUGCCGUUGCUACUGUGUUCAAAUGAUGGUAUGGCUGAGUUUAUGAAACCGAGUGUCAUGGAAGACAGUUAUUACACUGACUUCAUGGAAAUGUGCGACGUCAAUGAUUCCGGCGUCCCGCCUGAAAAUCUGAACGAACUGCAAACAAUUUGGACAAAAGAACAGGAAUUUUUGGAGAUGGCAUCAUCAGUCACGCUACGCGAUUUGCUGCCACACAUUAUUUACCUGUGUCAUCAGCACGACGCCGUUGCCGAAAGAGUCUUCAUUGACAGUUUUGUUUCUUUGUGGUCGAGCUUCAAUUCGGAGCAGCAAGAGUGCAUCCAUCGUGUGGCUGCCCCUUUCAUUAGUUCAGGCACCAACCUCGUACAGCGAAACCGAAAGAUAAAUGCUCCAAAAACAUUUCUUAAAAUUUUCAAGGAGUGCAGUCCGCAAAUCGCCCUCCAACCACGUCUUUUACAGUAUAUCGGAAAAGCCUAUGGUUGUAGCCACACGGCAAUAUUAUUUUUAGAGCAGGAGCUUAACCUUAUUCUCAGUCCGCCCAUCAAAUCUGAGAAUUUCAAGGAAGUGGAAAAACAGGUAUUAAAAUUUUCACAGAGGCGUCUUUUGUCGUUUAAGAAAUUUCUGCACAUUUCUUUAUAUAUUCUUGUAAAUGGCUAUUUUUCGUACAAGGCCGAUAGCAAAGUGAAUGAAGAAUUUUUUUCAUUCUGCUAAUU